AUGUCUCCAACAAAGUCGGUCCUCGUCACAGGCUGCUCAGCCGACGGCAUCGGCGCCGCGACAGCGCUCGCACUGGCCCGGCGCGGCCACCACGUCUUCGCCACGGCCCGUAAUCCCGCCAAGAUCCCCAAAACUCUCAGCAGCCUCACCAAUGUCACCGUCCUGCCGCUCGACGUCGCAGACGCGGCCUCAGUCGCGGCGACGGCCCGGACCGUGGCGGACGCCGGGCACGGGCUGGACGUGCUUGUCAAUAACGCCGGCUUCGAGUACGUGCAGCCCGCGCUCGACGUCGACAUCGCCGCGGGGCAGCGGAUGAUGAACGUCAAUCUGUGGGGGCCCCUGCGGACGAUCCAGGCUUUCGCGGAUUUCCUGAUUGCGAGUCGUGGCCGCAUCGUCAAUGCCGCAUCCAAAGCCGCAUUGAACGCUCUCUCCGAGACUCUGCGUCUAGAGCUCGCGCCGUUCGGCGUCAGCGUCGUCACCAUUCUCCCUGGGGUCAUAGACAGCAAGCUUCACGUCAACGGCGCGGCGAGCUUCGACCUGCCCCCAGCAUCGCGCUACGCGCCGAUCAAGGACAUCAUCGCUGGUUGGGCGAAGGGCGACGCCGUGCCCAAGGAUAGUCUCUCUGUCGACGGGUUCGCUGAGUUGGUCGUGCGCGACGUCGUUGGCAUGAACGGGGUGGGCUGGUGA